AUGGAACACUGCAAACAUUAUUCAGCAAAAGACAAUGCAUCUAACUGUUAUCCAGAUAAUGAGACUGUGGGUGAACUACCAAUUAUGAAUUAUCCCGACCAGAAAACAUAUACUUACGAAGUAUAUAAGAAGACGGUAAAUAGAUUUUGGGAUGAUCCAGGAUGUAUACUAAGUGUUAUGCCGAUGCAGCGUAAAAGAAGAGGGAAAAUAAAAUGGAUUGAUUCUAUGAAUAAAAAGACUUGUAGCCAGUUAUGUGCAAAUACUACCAAAAUGAAACAUAAACGAACAAAUGUUUUGUUGAAAAUAACUGACCAGCAUGCACGAUUUUUUAUUCAUUCAAAACUAGUUGGAGACAACAUUUUUCUUUCACAAAGAGAAGUGAAUAUCAGUAAAGAAUUCUCAGGAGAGGUAGAAUCAUUGUUUAAUAAUCACAGGAAAAAAAAUACGUCGAAAAGGACUUUACUCAAAAAACCAAAACAAAAAACACUGUUAAACGUAAAUACAGCAGAGAAAUACAUCUUUGAAAAUGUGGAGCACAGAAUUCCUUUGCGUAUCAAUAUGACUAAGAUGAAACCAAUAGUAAUUUUUGUCAGGACCAGAUGUGUCGAAAGUUUUAUCAAUGACAUAUGUGAUGCAUUGAAAAUUGCAAAGAAUAAUAUUAUGGUUUCGUUUUAUGGUCGACUAGUUUGUUCUUCAGUAUUAAAACGGAUUCAACCAAAUGACGACGUCACCAUCCUUAUGAAAGUUAAAGGAGGAAUGAUGGGUAAAUAUUAG